CAACUAGGCUGGGAAUAAAUGGAAAGCCUGCAGCGCAAUAAUUCAAUGCUCAUCCAGAUCUGAAUCCUUGGUCUGUCAAACCCAGACGGACCGACUUUGAACGCAAUGUCCUUGCGGCCUUCUCUGUUGGGUUCUGACGUUGGCUCACACUUGGGCCCUCCAGAUGGGACCUACAAGAUCAUUGUCGGUAUCGACUAUGGCACCACAUAUUCUGGAAUAAGCUUUGUCACAACGAACAAAUCUAGUGACGAAAUAGUCAUUGUGUCCAAGUGGCCAGGUCUGACCGGCAGCGCCUGGAAGACGCCCUCUGUGAUUGCGUAUUCAUCAGAAAACCCGAAGAUAGAUCGCAAUUACUGGGGGUAUGAGGUGAAUCGGAAUCACAGGCAAUACGUCUGGACCAAACUGUUGCUGGACAGUGACAUCGAUCUUGCAAAGCAUGAUGACCCGCUCUUGAAACAGAUGUACGGUGCUGGCUUCUUGGAACUGCCACCGAACAAGUCGGCCAAGGACGUUGUGCAUGAUUUUCUGAGGGAAUUGUACCUGUUCACCGUGGCAACUCUGGAGAAAGAGCUAUCGCCGACAGUUUUCAAUGCAAUGCCCAUGGAUUGUUGGAUCACAAUGCCAGCAAUCUGGUCAGACCGUGCCCAAGCCGCCACACGCGCGGCUGCUCUGGGGGCCGGGUUCGGUUCCAGGAAGGAUGACCAAGUCCACAUGAUUACGGAGCCGGAGGCCGCAGCCCUUUAUGCUUUAAAACCGUACCUUGGCAGCAAUGCCAUCGACCCAUUGAGAUCGGGUGAGCACAUCCUGGUGUGCGAUUGCGGGGGAGGAACAGUGGACCUUGUCACGUAUGAAGUGCUAGCAACAGAGCCGCUUGCACAUAAAGAGAAAUGUCGUGGUGCAGGCGCAAAAUGCGGCUCCACUUCCGUCGACAGACGGUUUACCGAGUGGAUGACGCUGAAAUUUGGAGCGGCUUUUACAUCGCUUGACCUCAAGAAGAGAGGACCCGGGAGUCUGUUUAUGCAAGCAUUCGAGUCGGCCAAGAGGCACUUCGGUCAUCGAGAUAGCUCGCAUAUAUGGUAUGAGAUAGAACCACUCGACAUGGAGUUGGAGGCACCAUCGGUAAAUUAUGAUGAAGAUGAGCAGUGCGUGAAGAUUCCACGGCUUGUGAUGAAGGCGUUCUUUGACCCAGCAGUCGACGCAUUGACGGGCUUGAUCAAAGAUCAAGCUUCCCAGCUGGAAAACUCAUGCGGCGCGAAGAUCGAUAGGUUCAUUCUUGUCGGCGGAUUUGGCGACUCGCCCUAUUUGAACUCCAGGCUUAAAGAAUGGUGCGAUGAGAAACGAAUCCGGCGAUUUACUUGUCCUUCUGACUGCCAAGCGGCAAUUGUGAUGGGAGCUGCUCUUAGAGGUCUGGAGGGUAUCCGACCCACCAGUAUCAUCGCCAAACGGCAUUAUGGCUGGUCAAUGUCGAUGCGGUUCCGUGAGGGCAUCGAUGACGAGGCGAACGCAUACUUGAGCAUUUUCGAUGACGAGAAAAGGUGCAGAGGCAGAAUGCAUUGGGCGGUAGAAAAGGGGGAGGCGAUGGAUACAUCUUUCAAGGUCGAAAAACGGGUCAAACAUUCGACAUUUGACCCCGACAACGGGGUGAGCACUCUGAAGUUAUACUCUUGCCCACUUGACGUGCCGCCUGAGCGCAACGAUCACUUCAGCAUACGCCACGAAGGUACCAUUGUCACCGUCUUGGAAGAUCUGCAGCCCGCCGCGGCACGAUGGAAUCCGAGAUGGCAGGAUCAGGUCUACCGAUUCCACUUCAAGGUUGUAGUGGAGUUCCGCUCCAAGUCGGGCAUAUUGGGGUUCAAAUCGUGUGCCGGCGGUAGGGAGAUCGGGCGGACUAGCAUCAACUUUGAGCAAUGACGCUGGCUGGGAGAGAGCGAGUUGUCUUUUAUGUGUUACGGUGACAGGAGGGAAUACGGAGGAAGCAUGAAGUUGACAGAAGCGAGUAGGUAGUACCGUGAGUGGCAGUGUCCCCAGUACUGCACCGUAAUUCAUAGCACAAAUAUCAGAUUCUAGUCGUAUGCUUCGACGUAUCGG